AUGAACUUAUUUACUCAUUACUCAUUAGUGACUAUGAUUGAACAGUCAGUCGAGCUACGAUUGGAAGUGGAACAUGGAACAAUCAACCUAGGUUCUGUUCAAUGCUCAGCAAUCAGUGGUCAUGAUCUGAUCAUAUCACGAUUAAAGAUAUCUUUAAUCGUUGAUCAUAUGUACUGGUCAUUGUUAUCAAGUUAUCAAAUUUAUUAUGAUAACACAGCAUUGACAAUGGAUUCAAUUCACGAAACUUUACCUGAAGUGUGGUCGCAGCAUAAUCUAUUCACUCAUGUCACCUACCUGUGGAUUAAACUAAUUAUCUUGUUUGCUAAGUAUACUAAGAAUGUACAUAAUGUUGAAUAA